AUGCACGAGGAAGUCAUUCAUGACCACGAUAUCGUGGGAAAGACGACCAGGGAGGAUGCAGUACACCUCUCACACCUAUCAGAAGAGGAGCUGGUUGUCGAGAAGAAACUGAGGCGGAAGAUCGACAGCUUGAUUAUGCCCCUGGUCAUUACCGUAUACCUUAUGAACUACAUUGACCGUAACAAUUACGCAGCUGCAAGGCUCCAAGGUCUCAGCGAGGACCUCCACCUGAAGGGGAACCAAUACCAGCUCGGACUCAGCAUUCUGUUUGUCGGCUACGUCCUGAUGCAAGUCCCUUCCAACAUGCUGCUCAACUUCUCCGGUCGGCCGUCCUGGUACAUCGGAUUCUUCGUUAUCGUAUGGGGUUUGGUCUCUCUUCUCACAUCGCAGGUCAGGAACGCUGCCGACAUCAUUGCUUGCCGCUUUAUCUUAGGCAUAGUGGAGGCGCCAUUCUUCGCGGGCGUACUAUUCUAUCUGUCGAAGUGGUACACCAAGUCUGAGCUUAAUCUGCGCAUGAGCAUCUUCUACUCCGGAUCUCUACUUUCCGGCGCUUUCGGCAACCUCAUCGCCGCCGGUAUUCUUAAGGGCCUGGCCCACAAGCGUGGACUCGCAGCCUGGCAAUGGCUUUACAUAAUCGAAGGCGCCAUUACUAUGGCAAUCGGCGUGGUUAUCGUGUUCGUCCUACCCGACUUUCCACACACCUGGACCGCCCUGACCCCAGAGCUGAAGCACGUCGCAAACCGCAGAAUGGCGCUCGAUGCCGCAGAUGUGGAUCUCGACGAGGCUGGUGGUAUGUCACAGCUCAAGGGUAUGAAGCUCGCCUUCUCCGACCCGAAGACCUACGUACUUGCGAUCAUGUACCAUGGCACAACGGGCGCGGCGGGCUUCCAGAAUUUCUUCCCCACUUUGACGAGGACGCUCGGCUACGGCAAUUAUGUCUCGCUCCUCUUGGUUGCACCUCCGUACAUCUUCAUGGUGUUUUGGUCCUUCACCCACAGUAUCAUCUCGGACAAAGUCAAAAACCGGUUCUGGUUCUUCGUAUACCCUGCCAUACCAGUGUUCGCUGGUGCAUUCAUCUUCAUGUUCAGCAAUAACUUUGGCGCAAGAUACUUCUCGCUGUUCCUGCUCAUAUUCAUUUUUGCGACCAACGGUACUAUCUACGCCUGGAUUGCCAACGCCAUUCCGCGCCCACCUGCGAAGCGCGCCGUUGCUUUGGCUUUCGUGAACAGCGUUGGAAAUGCGGCAUCGAUAUGGACGCCUUUUAUCUACAACAGUACAGAUGGACCUCAUUACGUGGUUGCUAUGGGUGUCAAUAUUGCGCUCACCGGAAUGGCGGUCAUCGGUGCUUGCGUGCUUCGCUGGCUUUUGACAAGGGAGAACAAGCGGCUGGAAAGGAUGGAUGACGUUGAUGCUGUCCUGACUGAGAAGGAGGUAGCCAGACUGAGGAAGACGGCAGAGAUGGAAGGCAUUGACAUAGCCACCGCACGUGCUCUGCAAAAGGGCUACCGGUAA